UUUAACCUAUAUCACUAACCCCAGUUUGUUUAUUUAAGGACACUGAAAUCUGAGAGCCUUCAGGCUCUCGGUUAUGAUCUUGGGUUUUAGCACAACUUUCUCUUAUCUCUCUCAUCCUUUCCUUUCCAAAUUUCUUCCAUUCACACUCCCAAAAAAAACUCCCUUUCAUUCCCUCCCUAGGAUCAUGUAAUGUUUUGUGUUGGAAAAAUAGAGUAAUUAAUUGGGUAAAUAUCUUUUUGGCAAAGCAAAAUUAGUAGUGUUUUAUUGUUUUUCUUGUGCAUGGGGUUACAUAAUAUAGUUGUGGAAGAAAACAUUGAUGUUGAUGGGUGGAGAAAUGAUAAAUGGUUGUUUAUAUGUAUUGAAUCAUCUAAAUCUUCUUUAGUACACUACUUACUAUCUCUUCCAAGUAAAACAUUUUGACUAAACAAGAAAAUAAAAGACAAAUCAAAAAACAAACUACAUUUUAAUUCAGAAAAAUAACAAAAAAAAGGCUAAAUUUUUGACAAGAAUCUGGUUCAAUACUCUCCAAAGUCCAAACAAGUGUGGAAUCAUGAAAAGAAUUGGCAGCUCAGAUUCUCUUGGUGCUCUGGUUUCCAUGUGCCCUCCUUCAGAUGAUCAAAGCCCUAGAAACAAUAUGUAUAGCAGGGAUUACCAGUCAAUGUUAGAUGGGCUAGAUGAAGAUGGGUGCUUAGAAGAAACUGGUCAUGUACCUGAGAAGAAGAGGAGACUCAGUGUGGAUCAAGUUAAGGCUUUGGAAAGAAACUUUGAGGUUGAAAAUAAGUUAGAGCCUGAAAGAAAAGUUAAACUUGCUCAAGAACUUGGGUUGCAGCCUAGACAAGUUGCUGUUUGGUUCCAAAAUAGAAGAGCUAGAUGGAAAACCAAACAGUUGGAAAGAGAUUAUGGUGUUCUUAAGGCUAAUUUUGAUACUCUUAAGCAUAAUUAUGAGUCUCUUCAACAUGAUAAAGAUGACCUUCUUAAACAGAUAAAAGAGCUAAAAUCAAAGCUAAAUGAAGAGAUAAACUCAGAGAGUGAUAAUGAUGUAAGCAUCAAACAAGAAGUUUUGGUGUUUGAAUCUGAUGAUCAUAUCAAUACAAAAGCUAUUGAAUCACUAAGCAGUGGAUCAGAAGAAGAAGCGAAGUUGUUAAAGGUAAAAAAACAUGUGUUUGCAGAGUCCAAAGAUGGUUCAGAUAGCGAUUCAAGCGCAAUUUUAAACGAUGAUAACAGUCCAAAUGCUUCAAAUUCAUCAAUUUUCCAGACUCAACAACAACUACUAAUGUCUCCAAUCUCAUCAUCUCCACCAUCAAUCAACGGUUUCAAUUUCUCAGAAUCAAGAUCAGACGGUUUAGGAUCUGUCCCCAAUAAUAAUAAUGAUAACAACAAUGUGUAUCAUCCUCAUUUAGUAAAAAUCGAGGAACAUAACUUCUUUAGUGGAGAAGAAGCUUGUAAUUUCUUCUCAGAAGAACAAGCUCCUUCUCUGCAUUGGUAUUGCCCAGAUCCGUGGACUUAAACCCAAAAAAACCCAAAUAAAGUACUUGUAAUGGGAAAAAAAAUGGGUAAAAUUGAUGAAAUUUAUAUAUAAAAAACAUCCUGAAUCUUGAUCCUCCAUUAAUGGUAGAGAAAAGUGAAAUUCCCAAGAAAGACUGAAAAUGGGAAAAAAUGGAAGGAGGGCAUGUGGGGGGACAUGGAGAUGGGUGGAGAAAGAAAGCAGGAAAGUAAGACGGUGACGUUUUGGAGGUUUGUGUAGACUUACUCUGGUGUCGAGUAAGAGUAAUGUACACCGUGCGGCAAUGAAUGAUUAGGCAGUAAUUGGAGUCACUAUCUGCUGUAAAAAUAAUAAUAAUAAUAAUAAUAAUAAUAAUAAUAAUAAUAAUAAUAAUAAUUUUAAUAA